UCACACUCUCGCGAGACGAGACCUAUGACGUCGGAUUAGAUGUCCGGCAGGAACCAAGGAGCUUGACAUUAAGGGUGCUGCGGGACGUUUAAAACAACAAAGCCAUUGGGCUUUGUUAAAAAAAGAAAAAUCUGGCUGAAAGCGGGACUGUUGGGCGGUAUGUUAGAGAAUACGACAUUGUGGUACUGGUCUUUCCUUCAUGUAACUGUGGAUGUGUCCUGCUGAGCAUGCUUUGUACCCUGGAGUUGUCUAAGUAAGCCAAGCUGUCUAAAUACUACAACUCUUUAGCCUCAUGAUGGAUUCAGAAGCCCAUGAGAAAAGGAAAAGCGACUUGGUUUUUGCGACUGCAAAGCAUGAUUACAAACCUCGUACAGUUACUGUUGGAUCUGGAAAGCAUUAUGUAUGUGGAUACUUUGCUGCUUUCACAAACAUAGCUAUAACUUUCCCCAUUCAGAAAGUGCUGUUUCGACAGCAGCUGUAUGGCAUAAGAACCAGAGAUGCGGUAAGGCAGCUUCAGACAGAUGGUAUUCGCAACUUGUACCGAGGUAUUCUUCCUCCUCUCAUGCAGAAAACCACUACACUUGCCCUUAUGUUUGGCCUUUAUGAAGAUUUUUCAAGCCUUCUUCUUAGGCACACAAAUUCUCCUGAGGUUGUAACAAGGAGUGUAGCUGCAAUUCUCGCUGGGACGACUGAAGCCUUGCUCUCACCCUUUGAGAGAGUUCAAACACUACUGCAAGACUACAAGCACCACAAUCGAUUUACAAACAUGUUUCAGGCUUUCAAAGUAUUACGGCCUUAUGGAAUAAGGGAGUACUACCGUGGCCUGGUUCCCAUACUACUGCGAAAUGGACCUAGCAACGCUCUCUUCUUUGGGCUUCGUUCUCCAAUUAAACAGUGCCUUCCAGAAGCAAAAACAUACAGUGCAAAUUUAAUCAAUGACUUUAUAUGUGGUGGACUACUUGGAGCCAUGCUGGGAUUUCUUUUCUUCCCAAUUAAUGUGGUAAAGGCCCGCAUGCAGUCUCAGAUAGGGGGAGAAUUUAUAUCAUUUGGUAAAGUCCUCAUGAUAAUAUGGACAGAGCGUGAUGGCAAACUAACUCAUCUUUUCCGCGGGGCACAUUUGAACUAUCAUCGUUCAAUCUUGUCUUGGGGCAUCAUCAAUGCAACAUAUGAGCUGCUGCUCAAAGUACUCUAAGCAGAAAUGUAACCGGUUACAAAAUAAUUAUGUCUUUUAUCUCAGUCUAGGGAUCAAAAUAUUAUAGUACCAUACAGGAAUAUAUGUCAUUGUAGUUUGUGCAAAAAAACAAAACGAAGCAGACCCAUUCAUUAUUGAAUGAAAGUGAUUGCUUAUACAGUUAUUUGGGCAUGACUAUUGUAUCAUUGGCAGGUUAAGUACAUGGCACUUUUGUGUACAUCUGUCUGGAAAUACUUUGUGUGCGCUUUAAACUUUGCCAAAAAUGUUGACACAAAUACUCAGCCAUUUACGUAACUAAAAUACCACUGUAUGUGUAUUGAUGUCACCUCAUUCUAAAUUGUGAUUUGAAGAUAAAAAGUUUGUUUAAAUGAGUCCAUGUACACCUUGGGCUGUGUGCCUUGCUUUAUGAAAAGUAAUGCUGUAUGCAAUAUUACAAGGCACUUAGUCAUUUCAGAUAUAAUGAAUCCUCUCUGCUUUCUU